CAAUAAAUCCUUGAAGAAGAGUAAGACAUUUUAAGAAGAAGUUGAUGUUUGGACGGGUCCAGAAAGUCAUAUCCAAACAAUUAUUUAAGUCUUUGACACAACUUUUCUUAUUACGGAAUUCAAGAACAGUCACUUCUAAAAUGUCUUUCCAGUACCCAAAUGCUUACCGUGACGAGGCAGUUGUGGAUGACUACCAUGGCAAUAAGAUUCCAGACCCGUACAGUUGGCUGGAAGACCCAGACAGCGAAAAGACGCAGGCUUUUGUCAAUGCUCAGAACCAGCUGACACUGCCCUACUUGGAGCGCUGUGAGGUGCGAGACCUGUUCAAAGAGCGCAUGACGGAGCUCUACGACUACCCCAAAUACAGCUGCCCCUUCAAGAGGGGGAGCAGGUAUUUCCACUUCUACAACACGGGUCUCCAGAACCAGAGUGUGAUGUAUGUUCAGGAGAGCCUGGAGGCAGAGCCCACAGUCUUUCUGGACCCAAACACUUUCUCUGAGGACGGGACUGUUGCUUUACAAGGCUAUGCGUUCUCGGAGGAUGGCGAAUACCUGGCGUAUGGUACCAGCGCCAGCGGCUCGGACUGGGUGGAGAUGCACUUCCUGCAGGUGGAGGGGGCUGUCGCCCUCAAGGACAAACUAGAGAGGGUUAAGUUCAGCUGCAUGUCCUGGACCCACGACGGCAAGGGCCUCUUCUACAACUCUUACCCCAUGCAGGAGGGCAAGAGCGAUGGCACGGAGACGUCCACCAACCUGCACCAGAAGCUCUACUUUCACGUGCUGGGGACCCCCCAGUCCCAGGACUGCCUAUGUGCUGAGUUCUCCGACCACCCCAAGUGGAUGAGCGGUGUCGAGGUGUCCGAUGACGGACGCUAUGUGCUGCUGUCCAUCAGGGAGGGCUGUGAUCCGGUCAACCGGCUGUGGUACUGUGACCUCCAAACCACUCCUCAGGGCAUCACAGGCCUGUUGCCGUGGGUGAAGCUGAUAGACAACUUUGAUGCGGAGUACGAGUAUGUGACCAAUGAGGGCACAGUGUUCACCUUCAAGACCAACUUAGAGGCCCCGCGCUACCGCCUCAUCAACAUAAACUUUGCCCAGCCUGCCCAGGCCAACUGGAAGGAGCUUAUCCCCCAGCACGACAAGGAUGUCAUCGUGUUUGCCACCUGUACCUACUCCAGCCUCCUGUUCGUUUGUUUCCUGCACGAUGUGAAGAACGUCCUUAAGAUGUACCGUCUGAGCUCGGGGGAGGAGCUCAGGACCUUCCCCCUGGAUGUGGGCUCUGUGGUGGGCUUCACCGGACGCAAGAGGGACUCUGAGAUCUUCUACUACUUCACCUCCUUCCUCUCGCCAGCCGUUAUCUAUCACUGUGACCUGACCAAGGAGCCCCUGCAUCCCCACGUGUUCCGGGAAGUCACCGUCAAGGGCUUUGACCCCUCUGACUACCAGACCACUCAGGUAUUCUACCCCAGUAAGGAUGGCACAGAGAUCCCCAUGUUUAUUGUCCAUAAGAAGGGCCUGAAGCUGGACGGCUCUCACCCAGCCUUCCUCUACGGCUACGGAGGGUUCAACAUCUCCAUCACUCCCAGCUACAGUGUAUCACGGCUGAUCUUUGUCCGACACAUGGGAGGAGUCCUGGCGGUAGCCAACAUCAGAGGAGGAGGGGAGUAUGGAGAGACCUGGCACAAAGCGGGCAUGCUGGCCAACAAGCAGAACUGCUUCACAGACUUCCAGUGUGCAGCAGAGUACCUCAUCAAGGAGGGCUACUCGUCCCCCUCCAAACUCACCAUCAAUGGCGGGUCCAACGGGGGCCUGCUCGUAGCGGCGUGUGUGAACCAGAGGCCGGAGCUGUUUGGCUGUGCCGUGGCCCAGGUGGGCGUCAUGGACAUGCUCAAGUUCCAUAAGUUCACUAUUGGCCACGCUUGGACCACCGACUUCGGCUGCUGCGAUGUCAAGGAACAGUUUGACUGGCUCAUCAAAUACUCCCCGCUGCACAACAUCCAUAUUCCCGAGGGCGAAGGUGUCCAGUACCCCUCAGUCCUCCUCCUCACAGGUGACCACGAUGACCGCGUUGUCCCCCUGCACUCCCUCAAGUAUAUCGCCACACUGCAGCACGUGGUGGGCCGCUGGGCGGGCCAGAGUAACCCGUUGUUCAUCCACGUGGACACCAAGUCGGGCCACGGUGCCGGCAAGCCCACCAGCAAGGUCAUCCAGGAGGUGGCCGACACAUAUGCAUUCAUCGCCCGCUGCCUCAACAUCUCCUGGGUCAAAUGAGGUGGUGGAAGACCUCCGACACAUAUGCCUCAACAUCUCCUGGGUCAAAUGAGGUCCAUGGAGCGCUGUGGUUCUCUUUCUUUGUGGAACUCUUCCUGAAAGUAUCUUUCUUAUUUCACUGGUUGUCUUGUUGUUUCUGGUCUGUUUCUCUCCCGCUCUGUUUCACAAAUAUGUAUUAACCACCCCUCACUUCAUACAUGCUAAUUUUCAAUGUCUCUUGUCUCUCCCCUCCCCGCGUGUGCUUGUUUUGGGCAUGCACACCAGGACAGCAGAAGUAUACAGUUACCGCCCUGUCUCCAUCCCUCAUCCUUCUGUCCCCAGUACCUUACCCACGCAGGCGCCAGCCCCGGCACAUAACCCCCCUCAUAGCUCUUCCUCUUAUUUGUCAUCCUCCUCUGUAUUAUACUCCAUGUGUAUUUUGGUUCUUAUCGGAUAGCCCUUGUUUGUUCAAUGUCGAGAGAUAGGUGAUACAGGGUAGGACUUAAAACACUUAGUUAUCAGCCUAAAGGUCAAAGAUUAAGGCUGCAAAUGUCAUCAGUAGGGGGUCAUAAAAUGAAACAGCCCCUAAUUGGUGCAACCCCCUACACAAUACAGACAAUUGUAUGUAUUUAUCAUUUGGAGUGCAUUUGGAAGGCUGUUGCUCAGUAAAAUCACUAGGUAAAUUAUUUUAGCAAUUAGGAUUUUAACUCACUUCACAGUGUUGGCGUGAAUGGGUUUCGAUUUAUUUUGUUGUUCUGUGGCCAGGGGGAGGGUAAUGCAGAAAGAAAGUGUGUGUCCGUGUGUGUCCACAUAUCCUCUCAGACUGAUGUUAAUUUCUACCUCUUGACAUGUGCUGAUUGUUUAUCAAUUAAAGGGAUAUAAACAACUAACUGCAAUGCCACAACUUCAAUAAAAACAUUUUGAACAGUG